AAUCCCACUGCACCACAUACGACCUGUGAGGGGCUAACAGCAGAAAUUGUUACAGCUGACUGUAUUCUUACUGCACAUGUGCAAUGCCCGGACACCAGGAGAAAGUCAGCAGGGCUAGAGCCGCACAAGAAUGGGAGUCUCCAGGUUACGAGUCACCGCUGCCCGUCACGGAGAUGUCCAAUCCACUGUCCCGUGACAUAGACAGGGCGGGGCCGCGGCAGAUUGUGCGUGUCCUUCAGGAGUGUGAUGCUGAGGUAUUCCAGGGGGACCUGCAGCCAGACGCAGAGUUUAAGAGACUCUACAGUGAGUCUGUGACACAAAUUCUGGUGAAUGUGGCUGACAGGGUGAAAACAAUUCUCAGGGAACCAGAUGACAGUUUAAUCGUCCUCAGUGGGUGUGGGACAUCUGGCCGUAUUGCUUUUCUUUUAGCUAACACAUUCAACCGGAUUCUUGGAAUGCAUCAGCAAAAGCCAGUGUACACUUACAUUAUUGCUGGAGGUGACAAGGCUCUAUUGACCUCUCAGGAGGCUCCAGAGGACGCUCCCUCACUGGGAGCACAAGUGCUGAAGGAGGCUUGUGUUGGAAAGAAGCAUGUUCUCUUCUUUGGAAUUUCCUGUGGUCUCUCGGCACCAUUUGUUGCUGGCCAGCUCGACUUCUGCUUGAACAAUUUGGACAUCCUCACUCCUGUGCUGAUAGGAUUCAACCCUGCACACAUGGCAAGGAAUGAGCCUAUCCAAGGGUGGCCACAUACUUUCAGACAGGUCACAGAGAGGAUGCUGGACUCGCAGAGGGCUCAGAGAGCUUUUGUUCUAAACCCAGUGGUUGGGCCCGAGGCCAUCAGUGGCUCGUCGCGGAUGAAAGGGGGCACGGCCACAAAGGUCCUGCUGGAGAGUGCGCUCCUGCUGGGCCACAGGGCAGCCCGUAGCCACGCGGAGAUCAAUCGCCAAGCUGUGUUGGACUGCAUAGGAGAUUAUGAGAGGGUUCAUGAAAUGACAUACUGUAAAACCGAUGAGUUGGCCAGUGUGGUUGGAAAAGCCGGAACUAGCCUACAGAAGGAGGGACAUGUUUAUUACCUCGGCUGGAAGACUCUGGGAAUUAUGGGAAUUAUUGACGCGAGUGAGUGCGUCCCCACAUUCGGAGCAGACUUUCAAGACAUUAGAGGUUUUAUGUGCGGGGGUUUCAGUGAAAUGAACAAUAAAGAGGGAAAUUUGUCCUCUCUGGGUCCACAAUUCUGUAUUGAUCACAAGGACUUUGUAACCACCAUUUUGCCCCUCCUAGGAGAGAAUGACACAGUUAUCUUCAUAUUUACUGUGGAUGAUGAUUUUGGUGAUGUUGAGAAAUUAGCUGGACAAGUGAAAAUGAAGACCUCAAAUGUGCAAGCAAUUUGUCAUGAAUACAAGGGACACCAUUUUCCUGUGAACAUAAACAGCAUAUUUGACUCAAAAGUCCUUAAAAUCAGUUGGACCCCCUCAGAUGCAGAUGAUGUCUUUUUCAUGAGGCUACAGUGGGAACUCUCCACAAAGUGGAUGCUGAAUGGAAUCAGCACGGGUGCUCACGUCUUAAAGGGCAAAGUCUAUAAAAACUACAUGAUAGAUCUCAAGGUCACCAACAGCAAGCUGUACAGAAGGGCCAUAGGCAUACUACAGAGGUUCACAGGUUGCCCGUGGACGCAGGCAGAGCGAGCCCUCCUGAGAGUCCUCUACGGAGUGGAGGAGCUCACCAUGGAGAUGGCCACGGCGGAUGUCAGCAGACACACUCAUGCAGCCACCACAAGUGACAGGGUGGUUCCGGCGGCUCUGGUGGUUCUCCAGACGAGCUGCUCAGUAUCACAGGCACAGGCGCAGCUGAGAGAAUGCUCUGUGGUCAGGGAUGCUGUGGAGACCUGUCUGACCUCUGGACGCCACUAGCUGCACUCCAAGACAUAUGAAAUAACCUGACAUGGCUCUUGGUGUUGAGCUUGUCUAAUCACAACAAAGGAAUAUCAGGAAUGUCAUUUUAUGUAAAAUGACAAACUUAACUAUCUCUUGGCAGGAUUGAAUUGUCAUGUUAUUAUCAUUAUAUUGGAAAUGUUUAUUUACAUUUUUCAGGGAUGGAUUACUGAACAGGCCUACUGGGCCUAGGCCCAGGGGCACAAGGGUUUAUGUUCUCCACCCCAUCUUAGUCAUUCCUGAAAUCUAACACAGGUUACACUGUGUGUGAUAAUCAUGCUUUGUAAUUGCCAUCUUUUCACAGCAAGAUGUCUUAAAUCCACAGCAAGAUGCCUUAAAUCCAUUUCUACAAAACUCGCCAGAAUUAAUCAGUUAAGGGGUUAUCUUAAAAAAAAGUAACUUUCCAAGGCCUUUUUGGGGGCCUUUUCAUGUCUGUGGCCAGGGGCCCAUAAUCAGUGCAUCCAUUUUUUGUGGCAUUUUUAAAACAAUAUGCUGUCUUACAUUAGUCUUACAUUUAAUGCAUUGUGCAAUGUAGCCUUAAUUGUUUCAUUUACAAUUAAAAAUGUGUCACUGUAAGAAAUAAAUAUCACUAGAUCAGUACGUUAAAGGUACACUAUGCAAGAUUUUCACCUUAAAGAGAAACUAUGCAGUUUGGGCAAUAUCUUUGCUGUUUUCUUAUUUCUCGCUUACAGGUUUCUCUGCAGAGCUCCCCCUACAGCUUCAGCGUAUAUUUUUGAGAUACUCAUUAAUCGGUCCGUCUGCUGUUUCCUCUUUCCUUGUUCCUCUGACAACAGUUUACUUUUUGCUGGCUCUGCUAUGACAAAUGUCUGAGAAACUCCAGCCGGUGCCUGACGUGUAUGUGUGUAGCACAGUAAAGCAAUUGGUUACAUUGUGAGCAUGAUUGCGAACCAAAUUCUGUAAAUGAAAAACGUGAGCCAACUCAACAACAACCUCAGGAUACCUGAGAAAGACAGGUCACAUGACAAGUAGUCAUUCAGCACAGUCUGUUACAGUA